UUGGUUUUGAGUCCCUGUGCGCAGCCAUUUCACGGGAUGCUUCCCGACGCGCUGCUCCGAGGGAUGGCGGGUCGCUCCGUCGGCUCCAGACGCGCCGGAAACAGGCUUCCGUUUUACAUGAUGCAGCUCUAUCGGACGAUGAGGACCGAGGAUCGGACCAGACAGGACAUCCCCGUCCUCCACGAAUCCGACUCUGUGACCAGCCUAGUCGCUAAAAGCUGCCAUCAGAUCGGCGAGAAAUGGUCAGUUACCUUCGACUUGUCCUCCAUGUCUCCGAGUGAUAACAUCCACCUGGCUGAGCUCCACAUCCGCCAGCCUGCCUUCGCAGAGUCUUCCACUGCCUCUCUAGACAUCUAUCACUCCAACUGGGAACGGUGUUCUGAUACGGACUGCUCAGAGAGCAGGCUGCUUCUGGGACGCCUGAGAGCUCAUCCAAGCUCAGUGGUCUUAACCUCAGCAUGGAGAGUAUUCAACAUGACCAAAAUGAUCCGUCGCUGGCUUUAUCAGAGACCCCCAGUUCAGAGAAUGGAGGAUGGUGUAGCUCAGGUGAAAGAGGAUCAUGAGCAGCAGAGAAUCCAGCACCCAACGGCCAACAGGGUGAUGAUAGUGGUCUUCUCUAGGCAGAGCCCACGCAACCAGCGAAUGCCAACACUGAUCCGCACAGCAGAACACUCCAAGCACGUCAACCUGGACAGGGUGCCGACUGCCAGGAUGAGGAGCAACAAGGCAAAGAGGCAUGGACAGAAAUGGCAGAGACAGAGAGACACUGCAAGGAAGGAGAAGCAAAGUAAUCUCUGCAGGAAGGUGGACAUGUGGGUGGACUUUGAGAAGUUCAAUUGGAGCGAGUGGAUCGUCUAUCCCAAACGGUUCAAUGCUUAUCUUUGUGAAGGGACAUGUCCUACACCUGUAGAUGAGAUCUUCGCUCCAACUAACCAUGCAUACAUGCAGAGCCUGUUGAAUCUUCACCAACCAGACAAAGUACCAAGCCUGUCUUGUGUGCCCACACGCCUGGCACCACUUUCAAUGCUGUACUACGAGAACGGGAGGAUGGUGAUGAGGCAUCAUGAGAAUAUGGUCGUGGAGGAAUGUGGCUGCCACUGA